UGAAAUAGCAAACAGUCGCAAACCCAAACAUUAAAUAUGUUUGGAAUAAAUUAAUUAUUGACAAUUUGACAUUUCAUUCCCCCUCGAAAUUUUUUGUGCAAGCCAUUGCGGCGUAUUCCACGAGAGGUAAAAUUGCCGUUGCAGGCACCAGAGAAAUCAAAGUUACGGGAAAGUCAAAUUCGACCUUAUCGUUGACAGUGAGAAGGCGAGCAGAAUGCUGCAGAAUUCGAAUGUUUUUUGACUGCCAACUUCUUGGCAACUUUGUCGAGUUUCCGGGCUGUCUUUGACGGUGCAACUGGGUGAAGCUGUGGAUGUUUGCAGAAGGUCUUGCCAUGGUUUCACAAGCGUUUCCUUCCGUACAUGACGUUAUAAACUGAGGUAAACUCGUUCGAAGAACAGUAAUAAGCUCAAUGAAUCUCUAUCACUCAGUUUCGCGGUAAGCAUGCCUCCUUGGGGUUUGCAGGUAUUGUUAUUAAUCGCGGGUGUUUUGCCUAUUUAUGGACAAACAAAUUUCGCACUCUAUGGAGAGGCAAUUGUUUCAUCGAACGACUCUUGUGGUUUGCAAGGAAACGAUGAAUUCUGCUUGGCUGUUGACCGCCUUCAACGUUGUCACGAGAUCGAUUACUGUGACGCUCGAUGUCCGUUUGGAGAGAAUAUGCCAUUUAGCGUGGAUCUUGUUGCUACGGGGAACUUUCAUGGCGAGGUGGGAUUAAUAAAUCAAUCGAGUGAAGUUUGUACUGAACAAGGAGAAAGAACAGUCCAGUUAAAUGGCACAAAUGGUUUUAUUUCAAAGUCACCUGAAGCGUUCAAUGAAUCUCAAGGAUUUACACUUACCAUUCAUUUGAGCCAAGAACCAGGAGAUAGAGGUAUUGUUGCAAGGAAAGAAGACAAUGCAAGUUUAGUCUUUGCAGUUUCUGCUGACAGCAGUAAUCAACAAAUGUCUCUAGAAUAUCUCAAUGCGAGUGGAUCAAGGAGCACACUGCAUGUCAACUACAGUUUAGCUGAUGGACAGUGUCACCAUGUAUCAGUUGUGCUCUUCAGUUCUACAAUACAACUGUACGUUGAUGCAAUUCUUGUAAUUGAAGAGGUUACUUACCAAAACCUCUGGAACCAAAGUGGAAGUAUCUUCUUAGGAGGGAUGCCAAAUGCUUCACAAGAUCAGUUCUUUGAAGGAGAGCUUGGUUCUGCUCAUCUUUAUGCCGGACCUCUCCUUCCAUCAGAGAUCAGAGCAGACGCCACUGGACAAAACCUUCACAAUCCACGUCUGGCACCACGCUGCAGGUGUCAAGUGGAGUAUCCAUUAGUUUCGUCGGAUAUUGAUGGUCUUCACUGUGUCAAUCCAAAAAACAACAAAACAGUGAGGCGUGUGAAUGUGAAAGCGCAUUAUGAAGGCAUGGCCAACGAUGGCAACCUUGAUACCUGGUGGCAAUCUAAACGAGCGCAAGUCCCGCUCAAUUUUACAGUGAGUCUUGGCGGCGUAAAACAAGUGUUAGUCGUUAAAAUAUCGUUUAAAUGGUGGCCGCCGGGAGGUUUGAUUCUUUUAAAAUCUGCAGAUUACGGCGCGACAUGGUUGCCUUGGCAAUAUUUUGCUCAAGAUUGCAGAGCGACCUUUGGCAUGGAGAAUCGUGGAAAGCUGGACUUUCCUAACAGCGUUAAUUGUAUUGAAGGAUUUUCAUAUCCUCUCCACGGCGAGACCGUGCCGUUUUAUUUACUUCAAACUACAAGGCCAGCAGCAAAUAGUUUUGAAUCGAAUUCAACUCUUCAGGAGUUUUCUUUUGCCACUCACGUUAGGUUGUCAAUGGUUUCGUAUCUGGGGAAUUCACCACAGAAGACAGAUUAUUUUGCAAUUUCAGAGAUUGAAGUCUAUGGAAGAAACUGCAGUUGUCCGUUUCUAAGAAAUGUUUCAUCUUGUCAGUGUGAUGGAGAUAUUGUUAGGCCGCCAAAAUGCAAUGAAACGUUGAAAUUCGACAGUGAACGCUACACGAGAAGUAUCUUCGAUGACACGCCGAUUGGGGUUCCAAUACUGCAAGUUCACGUCAGAAGUCUAUGUGUCAGGUCUGCCCUCAUUUCUUACUCCAUAAUUGAGAGAAAUGACUCGGGUUCAUUCCAAAUUGAGAACACAACAGGAGUCUUUAAACUUCGUUCGUAUCUGCCACUGAACAGUACAUUCCAAUUCCUGGUAGAAGUCCGACUACAGAAUGACGAACAUUCGGUAAAUAGCUCUACAGCACUGGUAUUAAUCCAAGUUAUUGCUCGCGACACUUUGAACUCGCGUACUAUUGUGGAUUUUGAAACAGGGAAAUUAGGUUUCCUUCAAGAUGAAAGGAUAUCAAACCUCGCGCAGCAGUUUGGGUUCUUCGUGAAUGGUUAUCCAGGCAGCGAGGGAAGUUUACGCGCUUUUGUUGGGGACGUGAGUGCUGAUAUGAACUAUACAACAUCACGUGAACAAGCAGUACAUGUGAAAGCGGUGCUGAUUAACAGUGAUGUGUAUUGGGACAGGCCAGCGGUGCGUGUUAUCGCGCAGGUGCAGGACGCUUCAUACAAUGUGCGUACAUUGGUGGACAAUAGCGAGAUUGUUGUUAAAGUCCAACCCAGUGCCAAGCUGUCAAUGAUUGAUGGGAGCCUGUUACAAACAAUUGCCAAGCCAGGUGCAUCCAAUGGUAUUGCCGAAAUUCAAGUACCUUUGCCUCCUCAGUGGUUCUCAGACCCCUCUCUUGUUGAUCCUGAAGUUGUAACCAUCACCUACCGCCUCCGCAACUCUGCUUUGCCUCCUGCGUUACUAGGCAACGCUACAAUUCACCCGCAAGACAACCCACAGUUGUUUACAAAUGACGUAUACGGUGUGCUUCCUUUAGAAAGUGUAUUCGUGGGAGGAAUAUUCAGCUUUUCGAUUUAUUGCGACUCCUCGUACGCAGUAGCCUCGUUUGGGAUAAGGCUAGCGGUUGGUCCGUCGCUUGUCAUUGUGGGAUCACAGGUUGAUGGACAGCAAUGGGUUCAUGUCGCUGUCAAUCGAAGCUCUUCUGAAUGGGUUGUGAGUGCAGCGUUAACUGAUCCUGAAGCUGCGCCUCAAGGAUUUGUCAAAAAAGCCGAGCUGGUGAGUUUUCAAGUCAAAGUGAAGGAGAUGGCUGCAGCUGAUACAAACGCUACUGUCACAGCCGAGGUAGCUUACCUAAGCAACAUCAACAACGAGGAAAUUGAAAUCGACAGUCAGUCACUUCCGGUUAUGGCGGCCAUGAUUGAUGGUUUCAGUCAAGUUCGGCACACCUUGGGGACGAUUCGAAUCGCCUCCAACGAUAUCGCACAACUGAUACCAUACGCUGAACCUUCCGAACUAGUCAACACAGCUGUUUUAAAUGGACAGAUCGUGAUGGCAAACGUGAAGCUCCUGGCUGUUCAAAGAUCAGGCGACAUCACAACACUCUCUGAAGCAAACUGCACGAGUCUUUCGAAAGCUCUCCAAGUUACUAAGAACUGUUCGAACAUAUUUCUAAACGGUAGCGAGCCCGAGGGAUCGCCCCAUGCGCGGGUACAAGUCGAGUACGAUCAUGUAAUGGCAAUUGUUUCAAUUCGCGUGUGGUUUCCAUCUCUGCCUCUAAACUUGAGUCUGAAUUACCCAGAGCUCGCUCAAGUGUCUGGUUGGUUUGAAUUUGACGCUUCUAGUGGUAAAUGUGCCCAGCGUUAUCAGUGGAGCGAAGUUUAUUCUGAAGCUCUGUUCACUUACGAUGGAAUCCACUUUGAAAACAUAUCGGCUACAAGUCUCGUCCGUGGAAUUCUUUCAAGUUUGAAUGAGUCUGUAGCAGUCCUGGAUGGCUUUGGUAACGUUCAUGGAAUGUCUCCGGGUCGAGCAACUAUUGCAGCUGUCAGUCCAUUGAAUUCCAUUCUAGGUAGCGUUGAAGUCAUGGUGACCUCCUCAAGACGUGUCGCUGCCCAGGUGAUUGACAUCGUCAUGGUAACUAAUCUGAGUGUUAGCAUUCCUACUUCACCCUACCCCAGACUGUCAACACAGAUUGCCGUGGCUUCUGUUCAUCAAGAUUUGCGUCGUGAUCACACACGUGGCUCCCUCGUGGCUUGCGUUUCUUUCAGCGAUGGUAGAAGGCAAAAAUUGAACUCUGAACUAGGCCUUCAGCUCAAGUCGCUUGAUGAUCACGUGCUGCGAAUCAUUGGGCAAUCGGAGGCGAUCUCCGUCGGUUCUGGAGCUGGGAUGCUUCAAGCUGAUUGGGCCUUGCCUGCAAGCCUUUGCUACCCGAGUGGUUUUAGCCUCGGAAUAGGUUAUGAAAUGACGAAUGUGCGUUUGUCACCUCCCAUAAGGCUUGAAAUAACUGGUGUCAGUCAGCAAAUCGCUGUGCCAGGAGAUUCUGCCACUGUCGCAGGGUUACCAACAUCAAGCCCUAUCGUCGUGACUUUAGUGUUCGAGAAUGACCACCACGUGGACAUGACCUCAGACUCCAGAACAGUUUACGACUUGAGUAAAUCUGACGGCUUCUUUAUUGUACAUCGCGACCACAACAAUGUUCCAAUGAUAAAACCAAGCUCUCUUGGCAAAGGAGGCAGAAAAGAUCUUGUGGUGCGUUUCACUCACUUUGCAAUCUCGCGUACUGUUUCAGUCAACAUCGUAACGUACGUAGGUUUAGCGUUAAAUGCGAGACCCUACCCACCCUACCCUGGUUCUCCGUUGAUCAAUUCGUUGAGUCCUGUAGCUGACACAAGCUCAUUUGAAAUGGCCUCACUGAGCCUCGCCAUGGUUUUGAGCGAUCAAUCAAACUAUGACAUAACGCGGCAUGAACUGACGUCAUUUUCAUCCAGAUCUACAGAUGUCAUAGUUGGACAAAACGCGGCGAACCGCGUGACAGUAAAACCUGGCGUGAAAUCGACCUCGGCUAUUCUUGAUGGACUUUUUAGUAGUGUUGGCUCUAUUGAUUUGCUGGUGAAUGUGUACAGCUCUCCUGUGAAUGUUGCUAACAUAACUGACUUCGUCUUGGUACCAGAAAACAACAGAACUUUGUCUGGUGUGCAAAAUUCUGCAGUAGCGCAAGUGCAGUUAUCUUUGACAUUCAACAAUGGAAGACAAGUAAUGAAAUUUUAUGAGGAAAGUUCAGCGUUAUUUCCAGGAUUAAUCACCUUGAUCAGUAAAAAUAGCCAGGUGUUCAGUGUGGAUUCCUCCACAGGUCAAAUCACACUUCGUCGAAACUACCACCAAACACUGUCUCUCACUGCCACUGCUGCAGUUUCUAUGGUAACGUCUGAGGUGACAGUCUCUUGCAACCUGCUACCGGCAAUCGGUGAUGUCGAUCUUGGAGAAGAAACAGGCCUACCCUUACCGCCAAGAAGUGUUGGAUCCCUGAUCCACAUUCAAGCGCGUUUGAACGCAGGGGAAGACCAAGGCGUCAAAAUGAUUGAUUUAACUCUAAGCUAUGACCAAGCAAAACUAGUUUUAGUUUCUGUAACAAAAGGAAGUGCUUGGACAACCUGUGUACCUGAUCUUAACACCAUAGGGCAGAUGUCACUCGAUUGUUCGAGCGACUCGUCGUUGAAUGGUCUUGUUGAGGUCGCGGUAAUUUCCUUCAAUGCCACCAGCCCAGGUGUAGCUGCAAUCCUCGGUUCCGUAACCACGGAUACUCUGGGAACUUCUUCUCUUGUAGCCGGUGACGUAGAUCAGGAGAUUGUGGGAAGCAGUAAAAGAAGGCGACGCGGCCUUGAUGAUCGUGAUAGAAGAGACUUGAUUGAAGGUCAUAGACAACGCAUGCGAAGGUCUGUGUUUUGCGCCACUCCUCCUUGUCAGUGUGAUGAGCCACUUCUUACAGGUGAUGUGAACAGGGAUUGUCUCUUUGACCUCGGCGAUGUUAUCUUUGUACUUAGGUUCUACGCGUUUUCAGUCUUCAAUUUCUCGAACGAUGCUGGUAGUCUCCUUGUCCAAUCGCUAACGUCCAAUCAGUCACGUGACCUUGACGUAGACAGAAACACCAUUGUGAACCCAGCCGAUGCGUUUUACCUGGUGAGAGCGCUGCUGGGUUUAGUUCGCUUUAUUUCUGUCGCAAGCGUGACUCCAGUACAGCUCAUCACUUCUGAUUGUCAGCUGUCAUUCAGCGUCACGUUAAUGUCAAAGACUGGCCCCGCCUCGGAUACUGACACUUUUGUUUUCUUCGACAUCACUUACGGGGGGAGCCCAAUUGAUUUUGCAGGGUCCACAGGAUCUCUCAGAGCUAAUGGUAUCUAUGGCAACGUAAUCCGAGGAAUAAGUCGCGGUAACGGGAGCUUUGGUGUCCAGGCUCCCUUUGAGCUCGUUCAGGACGAUCUUGGUCUUAGUGUGUUUCAUGUUACGCUUGACUCAAACAACAAGACAAGUUUUCAACGUUUGUCUGCUUUACUUGGCAGUCCUCGUCCGCCGUACUUGUUUCCUUUCAGAUUAUCUGCAGACCUAAACAUUUCUGGUCAAAUUGUAAGCUUUAACGCGAAUCAUAACUACAAUCCCUUCGCCAUGUUUAACAAUACACUGAGUUCUGCGGAUUGCAUCAACAAUUUCACGCCAGAGUUUCAAAAGCUCUACUAUCGCGCCAAUGUUUCGGAAAAUACAACGAUAAAUUCGUCAAUCAUCACUGUCAAUGCCACGGAUCUGGAUCAAGGAGACAGCGGAAGAGUCAGUUACAGUCUUGCAAGCGAUGACGCGCUGCCUUUUGCUGUAAAUUCAACCUCAGGUGUCAUUCGCAUUGUUAGAUCUUUGGACAGAGAGGAGAAAGCCUGGUACAAUCUGACAGUCAGAGCUACCGAUGGAGGAGCCCCGGGACGGGAAAAGUUUUCUCAUGCGUACGUGUUUGUAAUGAUCUAUGACGUGAACGACAAUGCUCCAGUUGUCACUAAAAUUGUACCGGGUCAUGUGAUCAAAAUCCCCGAGAAUGCUUUGGUGGGUAGCCCGCUGGCCACAGUGAUUGCCACCGACGCAGAUAUCGGGGAAAAUGCGCGACUUAGUUUCGGUAUUGUCAGAAACUCUUCGUGGAACAGGACGUUUGUAAUGAAUGCAACAACUGGUGAAGUGGUGUUGAACAGUUCUUUGCAUGGAAAAGUUGGAGAUAUUUUCAAGGUUACGGUGUUAAUUUCAGAUCAUGGUAUUCGUGUGUUAACUGUGAAUACAACAGUGGAAUUUUGGGUAACCUACGCCUCCGAUGUUGAAAUAUUUUUCAAUUCUCAGUUUUAUGAAGUGAACGUGACAGAAAACAGCGCAGAAAACACGAGUGUUGUUCAAGUGACGGCGUAUGUUCCUGGGCUUCCUUCAGCUGAGAUUUUUUAUUCCAUAAGCGACAACGAAGCAUUUAAAAUCGAUUCAGACAAUGGUAUUGUACUGGUGAAUUCUACAAUCGACCGUGAAGCCAACGAAGUUUUCAUACUGACAGUAACUUCACAGUACGGACAGAAUAUUAGCACCAAUGCUACUGUUAAUAUCACAGUCUUGGAUGGAAACGACAAUGCACCAAUCCCUUAUCCUGUAACUCUGCGGGUCAUCCCGUACAAUCUACCCGCAGGCAGGGACGUUUUGCGAGUCAAUGCAUCAGAUAAAGACAGUGGCAGGAAUGCCGCCCUUAAGUUUUAUCUUCUCCAAGACGUCUUCAAUCUCUUCGCAAUCAACAGAAAAAGUGGAAUGAUCUUCCUUAAUUCGUCAUUGCUUGACUUGAACGACAGUUUCGUACAGCUUUUAAUUGAAGUGUCCGAUUCAGGGAUGCCUUCGCUGUCAGCCAACCUUACUGUCAAUAUUUCAGUCCUAUUUCCACCCCAUUUUGAUCACAGCAGCAUCAACAUUUCUAUACCCGAAGAUGUUUCAGUUGACAAGACUGUGUACACGUUUACACCGAGGAAUAUCUCUGGACAAGAUCUCCACACAUACUUCACCAUCUCUGAUGGCAACUUUGGCGAGAAAUUUUCUAUUCGAAAUCUUACCGGAGAGGUUUUGAUUCACGCAAGUUUGGAUAGAGAGGAAGUCAGUUUUUAUUCACUAUCUCUUCACGCAUGGAACCUCGCUGUUGAACUUUUCGCAGAAAUUCCACCUACAGAACUCUUGCUAAACAUCACUGUCCUUGACGUCAAUGACAACGCGCCAUAUUUAGAAGCGGUCAAGCCAAUCACAAUCAAGAACACUGCUCACGUGGGGUACACGUUGGUGCGUGUGAGCGCCACCGAUGCCGAUGAAGGUCUUAAUGCGCAACUGCAGUACAAAAUAACUUCCGGUAACGAGCUAAAUAAAUUCGUUAUUAAUAACCUCGGUUUCGUCCAGUUAAACAAAUCGCUUUUAUAUGACAGCGUUGCUGGGUUUUUCCUUACCAUAAACGUGACUGAUCAUGGGUCUCCAAUGCUCUACAAUACAACUGAAGUCAACGUGACAGUUCAAGAUGACCGGAGCCCGCCUCGUUUUAAUCAAACAUUUUACAAUGCCUCCAUUCCGGAAGGCAGUCUCCCUGGAAGCGAAGUUGUUAUCGUUUUUGCCACCGACCCUAACGGAGACAGAAUCUUUUACAACAUAUCCUUGACAUUUGCAAACGUUGCUUCUAUCUUCAAGGUCAAUUCUUCCACAGGGAUCGUAACCACUUUAACUAAGCUUGACCGAGAAAUUCGCGACACAUAUCAGUUUGAAAUAAAUGCUUGUAAGUAUUCACCGUUGACUGGUCAGAAAUAUUUCGACAAUGCUAGUGUAUAUGUGCGCAUUUUAGAUGUUAAUGAUGAGCGGCCUCGCUUUGAACAAAGUGUCUUCAUAGUGGAGUUGGACGAAGAUAACUCUCCAGGGGUAUUUUUGAUGUCAGUCCAUGCAAAUGACAGUGACCAGGGACUCAAUUCUCUUUUGUCGUACGCGAUCAUUUCAGGAAACCAGAGUGUAUUUAGCAUAAACAGUUCAAGCGGUGAAAUAACUGUCUUGAUAUCUCUUGACUUCGAGACAGUGCACCAGUUGAAUUUAACAGUGCAAGCUAAGGAUCAUGGGAUACCACCACUCGAAGCCAACGCGUCGGUUAUAAUUAACAUCCGGGAUAUAAAUGAUAACACACCGAUUAUUGACAGUAACUUAACUUACAACCUGAUUUUACUGGAAAGCGUGCCAGAAGGAACAUUUGUAGUGCAAAUCAAUGCCAGUGAUGCCGAUAGCGGAAUUAAUUCAAAUCUUACGUUUUCAGUCGCUAGUGGAAAUGCUUUCACCAUAAAUCCAGCUAAUGGCGUUAUUACAACCGCGUCUGAGCUCGAUUAUGAAAAGGAGAAGUUUUACACCUUGAAUGUGAGCGUACAAGACCAAGGGUCCCCUCCCUUGUCAAGUAGCAUUCUGGUAAAGAUUGAGCUGAUUGACGUGAAUGACAUGACACCAGUCAUUUAUCCUUUAUCCCCUGUGUACGUGAGAGAAAAUGUGCCUGUUGAUACAGUCAUUACAAGAGUAAAUGCCACAGACGGUGAUUCGGAGAUCAAUGCGGUGCUCAACUUCACUUUAGUAUCUGGUAACCAGGCCGGAGACUUUAUCAUCAACGGGACAAGCGGUAUUAUAACAACAGCGCAUGCGCUAGAUCACGAAAACGUGUCUUCGUACGUGUUGAACGUGUCAGUCAUCGAUAAUGGAGAUCCACCGCUGACCUCAAACGCUGUUCUCGUCAUUUACGUCAUUGAUGUGAACGACCAUCGCCCUAUUUUCAGUCAAGAGUCAUACCAAGCCAGUGUUUACGAAAACUUCACGGUCAAUUCGACAAUUCUGCGUGUACACGCGCGAGACUUGGACAGUAGUAGCGCGGGAGGCAUCGUGUACAGUUUAAACGAUGGAAACGACAAUAAUACGUUUUUAUUGAAUUCCUCGUCGGGAGAAGUCAAACUUGCGCGCUCGUUGGAUUUUGAGGAAACAAAACAUUAUUUGUUAGUUGUGAAGGCAACAGACACGUUUCUUCCAAAUGACACACUAGAUGUCAUUGGUGCUGCAAAUGAUUCUAAUGCUUCAAUCUCGUUCUUUAGCUUUGCCAAUGUCUCUUUGUCAGUGUUGGACGUGAAUGAUAAUCCACCACGGUUUGACAGAGAUUUUUACUCUGUUCCGAUCGCGGAGAAUCUUCCAACAGGUUCUCUUGUUGCUCGAGUCCACGCAACAGAUCAGGAUUCAGGAGAGAACGCCAUGAUUGUCUACGAACUUCUGCCAUCAGGUCUAGCCACAGAGCUGUUUGUUGUUAAUGGCUCGUCAGGCGAAAUAAGAACGAGAUUCUCUCUUAGAGACGCAAAUUAUUUGACCAUCGUCUUGUCAGUAAUUGCAUUGGAUAGGGGCACACCACCUUUAAAUAAAACCUCCAUAUUACAAGUGCGUAUACAUUACAAUGUUACGUUCAAAUUUAACGACACGAGUCCUUUUACAUUUGUCGUUCGUGGAACAUUUCCACUUGAACAGCCAGUCAUGUUGAGCAGUGUCCAUGCUCAAGCUCGCCUGGACCUGUUUUCACAGAUGUCGGGUGAAUUUCAAGUUAGUACAGGAAAUAUUCAACGCUCAGAGAGGUUCGAGGUGUUGACAGAACGCGCGUUAUACAUCAAAGCAGCCCUUGUCAGUGAUUGGCCAGAUUAUCAGGUUACACGGGUCGCAGUACAGAUAUUUGACGAGAAUUUUAAUGUCAAGACCGCACCCACAAAAGUAUAUUUCAAACUUGUAAACCUUGAUACAGACCUGCAGGUCAAUAUCACUUGUGUUCCGUCGACCAAUACUGGAAUAUGUGUCGGAAGUUUACUUGUACCACAGGAAUGGCUGAACUCUACUGUGUCUCCUCGCACAGCUUCAGUACAGUAUGGUCUGCUACCCUCAAAAAUGGUUGAGCUUAAACAAGUUGCCCUUAGCGAAAGACAAAUCCCUCAAGUUAAGGGAAACUUUCUGAUCUUCGCGCCGCUGUAUUUGUUGAAUGUUGGUGAUGAGUUUUUACUCGAGGUAUAUGCUCAGUAUCCUAGACUUGUGAAGUAUUUCACUUUGAUCUUCACGGUCUCGAUGGGUUUGAAGAUAAACUACGUGCAAGCUUCUUCGUCCUGGAGUGUUCAAACAACUUUCAAUGGCGCAAACGAGUUUGUUGUUUUUGGAGUUCGUAAAGGUGAUCGCUCUGAAGAUCUUUCGGGUUCUAUCGCGCAGUAUUUUACUAUCAAAGCGGAAAUCGCUGAAAAUGCUAUAAUGGUGAGCCCAGAAACAAUGGAGUGCAUUGUUAGCCAGGUUAGCGACCAAGAGAGCAAUCAACUUGUUGACGCACCAGUAAAAGCUGUUUUCGAAGACCGACUUGGAAGGAAUGAGAAAGGACAUUUCGUGGUCAUUCAAGAUGACGUCACAGCACUUUUUGUCGUGCCUGAUUUCUCAGUCAUUGUUAACACUGCUGUGCUGAAUGGAAUACGGAUUGAUGUUCCUCUUGUUGUGUAUGGCGUAACUGCGUCAGGAAGCGUCUUGAACGUGACGAGCGUGACGUGUAGGAGUCUUAAUGUUGAUGUUUUGAAAGUUUCAAAUGACUGCUCUAGCGUGUUUGUAAAUGGCAGUGAAACUAGCGGAUCAACAGAGGCAAUAAUUGAGUUUUCGCACGAAUUUUUUACGACGAAUUCUUCCUUUACUGUAUGGACACCGACAAUUCCAAUUUCCUUGUGUGUCACUCCUGCAAAGUUGAAGAGAAUACGUGACUGGUAUGAUCCCAGUGAUUCCUGUAAGUCACGCUAUCAGCAUGCACGGGUGACAGUAAAGGCGGAGUUUUCGAACGGCGGACAAUCGUACGUUGGAGUUGAUGUUACACAGCACGUUAAAGAUAACUUAAAAAGUUCUAACAUCAGUGUAGCUGAAAUUAUUGGUUUAAAUGUUCAUGGUAAAAGCGUUGGCAACGCUUCCAUCGUACUUUACAACUCUCAACUCGUUCAGUCUCUUGGAGACUUGGUGGUGGAAGUUAGCAAUGAAGAAACAAGGGUAUAUGUUCUCGAUACAUUGAUUGCAACACGGCUAUUCGUUACUCUUCCAAAGUCACUAAACAACUCUUUGAAGCAUACAGCGAGAGUUAACAUCGAUCAGAAGUUUUCUAUUCCAGAAGACGAAGGUUCGGUGGUUAUAUCUGUGCAGUACAGCGAUGGAGUGGUAAACACUUUUGACAACCUGCACGGCUUCUACAUCAACUCUACAAACAACAGUGUGGUUACUGUACAAGGGGGACUUGUUACAGCGGCCAACAAUGGAAACGGAAAUCUACAUGUCGUUAUGCACUCGGGUCACUGCACACCGCAACCAGCCAUCAUGUCACGCGUAAACGUUGACGUCAAUUUCCAGGAACCCAUUGCAGUUCUCCUAACUUUAAGCUCAAGAGAAAUAACGCCUCGCGGAGACCCUGCUGAGGCGAUUGGGGUCCCCAUGUCUACUGAAUUAACCGUGACUCUUGUUUAUAACAUAAGUGGUCGUGAACACCGCAUUGAUGUUGCAAAUGACAAUCGAACAAUGUUUAACUUGGAAAUCGGUGGUAACUUGGCAAACGUCGUUGCUACAGAACGCGCGAUCGUCAUUUCCGCUUCCGGUGCUGGCUUCGGUCAAGUUGAAAUGCCAAUCAAGUUUGCGCAUGUUCAGACAAGUAGUCGAGUCUCGAUUGAUGUCAUUGGCACUCAAGAACUGAAAUUCUAUGCAAGUCCACACCCAGCUUUUAACUCGUCGUUGAACGUAAACCUUACUCAAUUGAAUCCGAUUGGAAACUCAGGAGAGCAUCAGCAGGGGAGACUGAACCUGAUUCUUGCGCUUACAAACGGAACAUCAAUUGAUGUUUCAAGAGACUCAAGAACACGGUUCGAGAUCGCUGCGAGUCAGCCGGCUGAGCUUGCGCUGAAUAGCGUCAUCGAAGCUUCGAACGCUGGGUAUCACGUGGUGUCAGUUCAGUGGAGGAAAGAAAAAGGACAGCUGUCAAUCAAUGCCAGUUUUAUGGGCGUAUUUAGUCACGUGGUAACCCUUGAGGUUGAGUCAACUCCUGUAACCGUAACAGCUGUAGAGAUAGCCAUGCCACCAAACUUUACGUUGACCGGUUUGCGAGAUCGUUCCACUUUGCAACUGGUCAUCAAUCUGGAAUUUAGCGAUUCUUCAAAAAUUCUUGGACUUUUCAGUUCAGAAAACUUAACUAUGUUUGAUUUAGUCCUUUUCAGUACCCAGGACACAACUGAAAUAUCGCUGAACGAAACUAGUGGCUUAGUGACCCUGCAAGAUAAUUCUCCGCAAGAUGUACGCGUAUCUGUUUAUGCAGCACAGUCUCCGUCGUUAAGAGAUUCCUUUACGUUCGCCUGCAAUGUAGACCCGGAUAUUGGUGACGUGGAUAUCGGUGACGUCACUGGUGUUCCACUCAAGUCCGUGCAAGUCGGAGAAAGCUUUGUAGCCCCUGUGCGCAUCAACUCUGGAGGUCUGGUGUUGGGAAGCUUCGAUGUUGAAAUCAUUUAUGACAGUGAUUUGCUGGAAGUAGUCGGUAUAAAUGAAGGUGCUGACAUGGCCGGAUUUUUUGUCUCUGACACAUCAAGCCAAACUGGUCAAACUGGAAAAGUGAGAAUCGCAGGAGCCCUCACCAUUGAAAGCCAGGAUUAUCCGGUUCGCCAUGUCGCAGAUGUCAAAUAUCGCGUCAUCUCGAGCGGUGUUGCACGUGUUAGUGGAACAGUUCUGAUGAUCGCAGCUGAUGACCUUGUUGGUAGCGUUAUUGGAAUCCCUGUUCCAAAAAAUAUUAUGGCAGGAGAUGUCGAGGUUACUAUCGACAACGACUUGGGUCGCCCGCGUAGAUCACUUUCAUCCGCGCCAUUACUUCAGCUGCAACCAGCAGUCAACACUCGUACGAGGCGUUCUGUCGUUGCUUGUGCCACUCCCCCCUGCUCCAACUGUACAAAUGGGAAGCGAGAGCCUGGGGAUACUGACGGGAACUGUAUUUUCGAUAUAAGAGAUGUUAAAUUCGCGUUGGCUUACAUGACGGAGCAGCAGUUUAACUUCAGCCGGGCCAAGGGACAAAGGAUACAGAACAUUAUCACACAACAGCAGUUACAGGCAUUGGACGUCAACGGCGACGGAUCAGUGACCUUAAAUGACGUUAAUGUUCUAUUACGGGCUAAUCUCCAAAUUGUCUCGUUGUUUCCUAGUGUUACGGUUAUACCUGUUCAAGAUCCAAAGUCAAAUUGUCUUCUCACCAUUUCUGUAUCAGCUUCGCAGCUUGGUGUUGAACCAUCCGACGCCAACUACACAAUAGUUUUCUUCGAUGUUUCGCACUCUGAGUCAAAUUUUUCCAACAGUUUGCGUAACAGCGUCUUCAUAACUGGGACUUUAGAUACCACAGAAAAAGGAAUUCCCGGGGGAAUCAUCCGUGCAGAAUAUAACAUUGUGGAAAGACGUUUUGUGGCGUCACUGAACACCUCGUUGCUGUAUUCGAGCAUUGGUCUGUCGUUCGUUCAGGUUCGUUUUGCAAAUGACGGAUCGCUUGACUUCACAAGAACUAUGAUGAUCAAUGGGUUAUUUUCACGGCCGCCCCUUUACCAAGACGCUCUUAACGCUACCUUGGACCUAGGGAGAGGAAGACGUUACAGCAUAACGAGACCAAACGGCUACAACCCUUACACUUUCUUCAGCAAUGCUUUAGCGUCCUCCAACUGUAGUGACGAUCCUUUACUUCAAAACGAUAUUGUCGUGGGUGCGCUUGGCGCCAGGAAACUUUUGGUAUCUUGGAAGCUUGCGAAUGUAAGGCGCGGAUUAAACUUCUCAUUUAUUUUGAGGCUGCGGCUUUGUGACCCAGCGCAGAUCAACGAAGCUUGUGAAAUCCGCGCGUUGGAAGUGAGUGGAACUAACCAUACCGUGACGGGCCUAAAACCUUACACCAACUACUCGGUGAAGGUAGAAACCGCAGGGUUACCACUGAGAGAGACACGCUGGGAAGCUGUGCGCACGUUAGAGUCAGUACCCGGGGGAGUUAGUCCACCUGUUUUAGAAGUCGCGAGUUCCUCUUCACUAAACGCCUCGUGGACCGAGCCUCAACAUCCCAAUGGCGUCAUCAUCAGUUACUCAUUGCACAUGCGCAACCUGUCCACUUACUCGGUCCUUUACCAAGGCUCCAGUCUGUCGUACCACGUGACUGGUCUAUCAGCUGGUCAAGAGUACUUUUUCUACAUCAUGGCCAAUACAUCAGUUGGUGGCACCAAGAGCACGGUUGUUAGUGCUUCUGUUCCAUCAGAAAACACACCAACUUCAGGAGCCGGGGGGACGGAGCUGUCAAUUGAGGCGAUUGUGGGGAUCACAAUUGGUAGCGCUGCGUUUAUCACUCUGUUGAUUGUUCUGCUGGUGUGGCUUGUCAGGAGACACGUUAAUGGUAAACAGCCGAGCACGCUGGAUUAUCAAUCAUUACACAAGUACAACUCCUUGGACGUUGGUGGCAGGGACAACUUAGCGAUGCAACUAAGAUCUACCUCAAGCCUGCAAGAGACAAGUCUGGCCAGAGGACGCAUGUAUGAACAUCAUUUCAGUAUGGAUGGACUGGAAAAUCCCUGGAAGGAGCAGGAUUUAGAAGAGGACCCUGGACAGGACGCGCUUGCUAUGGUAAAUCACAGACACUUUGAACCAGGCUCCGCGCGCACUCAGGACUGGGAUCCAGGCUACGAGGAGACAGUUCUGAAAGAAGCAGCAGAAGAGAUGAAUGAACUUGAUGCAGCAAUGAAAGAGAACGCUGACACCUUGAGUGGCUUAAAUGGACAUCAAUUUUCUCUACGGGAAGAUAACCUUGUGAAUAUGUCGAGACUAUCUCGUAGCCAGUCUUUUUUGAGUCCAGAAAACACGAGUAAGAAGAAGUCCAAGAAGAAGAAGGAAGACGCAGCUAUCGAGUGGGACUACUAUUAUGCCAGGAGUGCAUUAACUGACGGCGAUCAAUUUGGAAUUGAGGAAACCAAGUCACGUGCUCAGAUACGAAAGGCCCGCCUGGUGGUGGAGGAGAUGCUCCAGCGGUUAGCAAGUGGUGACGUCAACAAAGAGUUCCGGGAACUAGCCGCUGACAAGACUGAAGGAACUUACUUGUGUGCUAAUGACCCAGUUAAUCAGCCAAAAAACCGCUACAAGAAUAUUCUACCUUUUGAUCAUUCGCGAGUAAGCCUGGAGCUAGAGCAAGGACAAGAAGAUGGCGAUUACAUCAACGCGAAUUUCCUGAAUGGAUUUAACCAGAAGAAUUCUUACAUCGCAACGCAGGGUCCACUGAACAGCACUAUCGCUGACUUCUGGCAAAUGAUUUGGGAGCAGAAUGUGCACGUGAUUGUCAUGUUAACGAGGCUGCAGGAGGGCAAGAAGGUCAAAUGCGUCAAGUAUUGGCCUGACACUGAUGAAGAAGUGACAUUUAGAGACUUUGUGAUCACCAGCACUUACAAAAGAAAACUGGACAGUCGUGUCGUCCGUCGCUUUCUUCUAGAAAACUCUGGCAGCGGUGAGUGUCGAGAACUCAUGUACUUUCAGUUCACUGCUUGGCCAGACUUUGGUAUCCCAUCAUCCCCAGCGGACUUUCUCGAGCUCUACUAUGAAGUUAUGCGAGAGUUCAAUUCACUUCCAGUACCCGGGACCCCCAUAUUGGUCCAUUGCAGUGCAGGGGUUGGAAGAUCGGGGGCAUUUUGCGCCAUUCAAAACUGCCUACAGUCCUUUAGAUCCGCGGGCAAGAUUGACGUGACAGAGGUCGUCAGAGACUUGAGAAGGCAGCGGUCGGGAAUGGUACAAACCUUGGAACAAUACGCGUUUUGUUACAAGAGCCUCGUUCUUGCUCUGUUGUACCAGAUAAAGUUGAAGAAGCUUAAAGGAAUUUCUCUGUUGAGCCAAUCUGCGGCGACGUCAGGUGGCGUGUGGAUGUCGGCUGGAAGAUCUUUUAGUCCCCGAGAAAGUAGCAAUGAAAGCGUGUUCAGUCAAUCACGACUACAAAGUCCAAGCUCCGGAACAAGCCAGGAGUCCGUAACGUCACAGAACGCGCCUCCAUAUUCAUACAGUCAGCAGUUGCUCCCUCCAGUGAGGGAACCCUAUAAAGACCCGCGUGCUAAAUCCGAUAAAGACGACCUACCCACUGUGGUUGUUCAUUCGACUCCAAAGCUUUCAAAACAAGAUUCUCUUCCCUUAACAUUGCGUGAAAUCAACGAAGAGGGACCUAUUAGCACGGAUGUUUCCCUCGGGGAUCAGCGGAAUUUAGAAGUUUCCGUAGGGGAGACUGGUCGAAGGAAGACAACAGGGAAUAUCCGAAGGCGUCCUGAUCUUGGGGAACCACCGCCGCCUCCGCCUCCACCUCCCCCUCCGCCGUCGAUAUUAACGAAUGAAAAUGUCGUCUGUGAUGACGAUCUAGUACCUGAACUUCCUGAAGUAGAUUAUCCUAAUUCUGAACUGUCCGAUGACGAACCUUACCCACCUCCUCCUGAGGCGGUUUUUCUCCCAUUUGACGCAGAACAACCAAACCAGUUUGAUUCCUCGGCCUAAAUAAACAAUGGAGUUUAGAGCUGCUUUAUAUAUGUUGAUAUCUGGCAUAACAAAGUUUACACAGCUUUCUUUUUAUUUCAAGACUUUUAUGUUGUCGAAACAAGCAGUCGUUUGACGUUAAUGUGCUGUAACAUCAAAAUUAUAUUUUCUCUAAAUAAGCAAUAUCUAACACAACAUAAAACAACAAACAGCGGACAAAAUGAGAUAUAAAGGGCACUGAUCUCAACACAGGAACAUAGAAGGAAGUGAGGGAAACUGGAUUGGGUUUCUUUGAAAUCGAAAUCUGAACUCCUUGAACCACUAUGAUACUGCUGUACCACAACUGCCGUCUAUUUAUGUUUUUCUUAAGUUUUUAGUCCAUAAACUUAGGGAGUUUUUCCUGCAUUGUUAACUUAACUCAGGCACACAAUUAUAUAUGCUUUCAUGUUAUAUAUUUUUUUCAUUUUUAUAUCAAACCCUGCCAAUGUAAUUACUUUAUGUUUUAUGCCAAUGUUUUUUACAACAGUAAUUUACACUUAACUGAUAUUCAGUUUUGUCGUGUUUCUCUGUCUAUUUUUACUCCGGUUGUUGAAAGCGUGAUCAAAAUAAGAUCAUCCAGGCUCGGGAUUGAUUGUCGAUUUCUGUUUCUAACCUUUUCCGUGAUUUUCUCUGUUUACGUUAUUCUUUCAUUCAGGUUUGAGUAAUCUCUUACUCUCAAACCAUAAGUGGAGAAAGACACUUUUAUACAAGAGAAAUUAAAACUUUGGUUAGCUUUUAAGCCUGAAGUAACGUUGAUCGGUUUUUCAACAACCGGGUCGAAGGGUUGUACAGUGGUAGAAAAAGUUCUAGUUGUCAUAACUUGUACAAUUUUUAUGCAAACUUUAGAACAGUGUCCGAGAAUAUUUGUUGAACAAGAAACCCUUGUAGGCCUAUUUGUGGAUUUUUUCUCAAGACUUGUAAACCGACUAUGGUUUUAAAAGGAAAUGAACGGAGAUGCCUCCUUAAAAGACAUAUUUUUUGUUCGUUACAGAUGAAAGCUCAGUAUAAAAUAUUUGUAAAUACAAAUAAUAAAAGUAAAUGAUGUGGA